CGAUCCCAAUCCCUAACCAUGCAACCAAGCAUUCACCCUGCACUGCAGCUCCUUUCCGGUCAUGAGAUUGCCGCUUCUGGUGCAUGCUGGGAAAUGUAUUUCUAGAUUGCUCGGUUGCAAACCUGUUCUUGACCCACCGCAGACCCAGACGAAACUCUACCUCCCAGAAUACCACUGCUCAGUUCCCCUUAUUACUUCAUUUCCACACUGAAAAAAAGCCGCACAAAUGUCAGAUUUGCUCCGUUUGUAGCGGACAGCCCGGGUCAGGGUCGAUCUCUGUGCUGAACUAUCGCUCACUUUCAUAGCAAAACGCGUGUUUGUAGCACGGAGCUAACACACCGGAGCAUCACUAUGGGGAAGUCACGAGUGGCAGCCUUGCUAAUUAAAAAGUAGCUAGUUCCUAAGUUAGCUCACAGAAGAUGGAAGCUAGUCUUCUAGCCUGCUUUCGUCCGUGGGAGUCGCUCACUAACACGAGCUAACUUGAUGUGAAUACGUAGCCUAGCUAGCAUCAGAUGCUCUGCCCUUAUCCCGUCUGCUAGCUAGAAUAUCGACAGAAAAACUUCAGCGAUGGAAGAAGUUGACAGAAUUUUGAUUCACGCCCUCAAACAAGUCGGCACAGAGCUGAGCGAGGAGACGACCAGUGUCAAACAGUUCAGCAGCGAGCUCAUCGUCGAGGCGGUGGUCCGAUGUAUCCGGGUGAUCGACCCGGGCCUGGGCAGCCCGCUGCCCACGUCCCUCCCCCCGGGCAUGUCUGCCCGCUUCAGGGUGGGCAUGAGCCUGGCACAGGCCUGUCAGGACAUUGGUUAUAAAGGAGAGAUAGGCUACCAGACUUUUCUGUACAGCAAUGAGCCAGAGAUCCGCUCCCUGCUCAUGUUCCUGGUGGAGAAGCUGCCCAGAGAAAGUGCAGAGGCCUCAGACCAGCCGACAGGUAAAUCAGUGGUCCUCCAGAGAGCCAUCGCUGCUGCAAUCAAAGCCCAGUUGGUUGUUCCCUGGCUGCCUCCUAACUGCAGACUGCCACUGCACUGUGAAACACAAAGUCCAGGAGCAUUGCACAGCUUCCACGUCCAGCCUCUCAGUUUGCCACACUGCACUAAAGGUCAAGGAAAGAAUCAGCUGAAAGAGGUGAAGGACUACCAGCGAGACAUUCUUCCUCCUGUGACCGCCCAGCCUUCCCAUCAUGCCUCUGUGGUGGCGUCCAUACUUGAGCAGCACACGGCUGAGCUGAGUGCUGCUCAGGAGUGGGACAACGAGUGGAACAGUCAGGGACUUUUGUCUCGCCUCACGCCACAAGAGUAUCGCUCCAGGAAACUGACCCGGCUGCGUAAACGCAUCGAGGAGCAGCUCCGUUCUGCUGCACUGCCCUCUGCCGAAAGUGCCUUUGUUGGUCCCCGCUCCGCCUCUGACCUCUCUGAGCUACUGCAGGCCUUUAAAGGCUCCGCCCCCUCCGACCACAUCCUGACCAAGGGCACCCACUUCACCCACACACAGAAGUUCACCUUCACACAGCAGCAGCAGGCGGCAGCAGUAACCAGCCCCUCCAUCCCCUCUGGCCAUCAGUCAGAGAGUGAUAUCCAGCUCCGUCAGCAGGAGGAGCAGCUUUCCCUCCAGCAGCAGUUCCAGCAGCUCUGCACUGAUGUUGACCAGCUAGCAGCAGAUAUGAAGCACAUGAGUGUCACUAAUGCACAGGUGCUGAAUGAGCUGAAGCAGAGAGAUCUGGGGAACUCUGAAAACGUGGAGAAGAUGCAGGUGAAAAAGAAAACAAUUGACCUGCUGCCGGACGCAGACAACAACCUGCUGGAGCUUCAGGCUCUGGUGGAGGCCAGCGCUAAGCGGGUGGUGAACCUGGCCUCUCAGUGGGAGAAGCACCGCGCUCCACUCAUCGACGAGCACCGCAGACUCAAAGAAAUCUGCAGCAGCCAAGAUCUGGAGUCAUCCAGAAAGCUGUCUGAAAUCAAGUCUCUGCAUGAUAGGAUCCGUGUGUCUACAGAGGAGGCCAAGAAGAAGGAAGAAAUCUACAAACAACUGGUAACGGAGUUAGAAAAUCUUCCUCAGGACGCUUCUCGGUCAGCGUACACUCAGAGGAUCCUAGAGAUUGUCAGCAAUAUCAAGAAGCAGAAGGAGGAAAUUACUAAGAUUUUGUCAGACACUAAGGAGCUCCAGAAAGAAAUCAACAGCCUGACGGGAAAACUGGACCGGACCUUUGCCGUCACUGAUGAGCUGGUCUUCAAGGACGCCAAAAAAGAUGAAUCUGUACGCAAAUCCUACAAGUACCUGGCUGCCCUGCAUGAAAACUGUAAUCAGUUGAUCCAAACCAUCGAGGACACCGGUACAAUCUUGAGAGAGAUUCGAGAUCUAGAGGAGCAGAUUGAGACAGAAAACAGUAGUAAAACUGUGGCUAACCUGGAGAGGAUUCUGGAUGACUACAAAGCUAUCCGACAGGAGAACUCUGCCCUCGCUGCCAAAGUCAGAGAAGGCUGAAGGAAGCCCUGGUUUGCUUUGCUCUGCCUGCUGAGGCCAAUGUUGUGAUAAAAACCUGGAUCCCUAUGGACCUGAAUGGGCCUGAAAACAGCACUCCAGUUCUCACACUGAAGAGAGCGCUGUUCAUUAACACCGCCCUCUGUUGCCAUUGGAGACCAGCUUUUCUUUAGAAAGGCAAGAUGAUUUUGGAACUAACCUGGCAUUUUAAUGCACAACUUGUAUGAAUGGAUGAAGAUGACAACUAGUGUUUCAUUUCAAACUGAUUUCUACAGCUAGACGUGCUCUCUGAGGGUCUAUGCACUGGUCUGAUUGCUCUGUACCCAAAUGAAACACGACAGUGGACAGCAGAGGGUGCUGUCAGACCUUCUCCGUUCUAAUGUAAAGUCAUUCAUAUAGAUGUAUGAAAUGUUUUCAUAAGAUAUCUUGAUUAAACUGAAAUCUUUGUUCAGGAAUUUUUAAUAUGGUAAUUAUUCCACCGUUUUCAUACAUUAGCAGUGACUUCGCUGUCAUGAUUAUAUUUGAACUGAAUAUGUUGAGUGAAUGGCAUUUGAAUGUAGUCCAUUAAUAUUGUUGUCCUGCCCAUCAGCAAAGUAUUGUUGUAUAUAUGGUACCAGCUUGAAUAAAGAUGCCUUACAAA